AUGCUACUCCAGUCCACCACCUCGCUCCUCCGUUCAGCAGCACCACGGCGAUUGGCCUCGUUAUCACUUCUCUCUAACCGCCGCUUUUUCUCCUCCAAAGCAAUGGCAAAGAUCGACACUACCUCCAGGCUCACUAGCCUGCGGGGUUUCAUGAAGGAGCGCAACGUUCAAGUUUAUAUUAUUCCCUCCGAAGACAGUCACUCUUCUGAAUACAUUGCAGACUGCGAUGCCCGGCGCGAGUACAUCUCAGGCUUCACAGGCUCGGCUGGCUGUGCCGUUGUCACACUUGAGACGGCCGCACUUGCCACUGAUGGACGCUACUUUAACCAGGCCGAGGCACAGCUUGACAGCAACUGGACCCUUCUCAAGCAGGGUCUUCAAGACGUCCCUACCUGGCAAGAAUGGUCCGCCGAGCAGUCCUCAGGGGGUAAGAAUGUAGGAGUCGACCCAUCCCUCAUCUCUGGAGCCACCGCCAAGAACCUCGCCGAAAAGAUCCGCAAGAGCGGCGGUGCUGAGCUGGUCCCCAUCGAAGGAAACCUCGUCGAUCUUGUCUGGGGCAAGGAACGACCAGCCCGGCCUUCUGAGAAGGUUAUUGUUCAACCCGAUGAGCUGGCUGGAGAGCCUGUCACCAACAAACUUACAAAACUCCGCCAAGAGCUGGAAAAGAAGCGUUCGCCCGGUUUCCUCGUUUCCAUGCUGGAUGAAAUUGCCUGGUUGUUCAACCUGCGUGGAAACGACAUUCCCUUCAACCCCGUCUUCUUUUCCUACGCCAUCGUCACUCCUGAUGUUGCCACCCUUUACAUUGACGACUCGAAGCUGGAUGACAAGUGUCGUUCUCAUCUUUCCGCUAACAAGGUUGAGAUCAAGCCCUACGAUUCCAUUCUGGAUGAUGCUCGCAAGCUUCACGCCUCAGUUAGUGAAAAGGGGAAGUCCGAGAACGCUGCCCCCACUGGAAACUUCCUCAUCUCUAACAAGGGUUCAUGGGCCUUGAAGCGGGCUCUUGGCGGCGACUCGUCGGUUGAUGAGAUUAGAAGCCCUGUCGGUGAUGCCAAGGCUAUCAAGAGCGAGGCUGAGCUCGCGGGCAUGAGGGCCUGCCAUGUGAGGGACGGCGCCGCACUGAUUCAGUACUUUGCCUGGCUUGAAGAUCAACUCGUGAACAAGAAGGCCACUCUUGAUGAAGUAGAAGCCGCUGACAAGCUCGAGGAGCUCCGCUCCCAGAAGAGCGACUUUGUCGGUCUUUCGUUCCCAACCAUUUCCUCCACCGGUGCCAAUGCUGCAAUUAUUCACUACGGUCCUGAGCGUGGAAGCUGUGCCACGAUCGACCCUGAGGCUAUCUACCUUUGUGACUCGGGAGCCCAAUAUCACGACGGCACGACCGACACGACUCGAACACUUCAUUUUGGAACGCCUACUGAAGCUGAGAGAGAGGCAUACACGCUGGUUUUGAAGGGUCACAUUGCUCUGGACCAAGCAGUUUUCCCUAAGGGGACUACCGGCUUUGCCCUCGAUGGAUUGGCUCGUCAGCACCUCUGGAAGAAUGGCUUGGACUACAGACAUGGCACCGGCCACGGAGUUGGGUCAUUCUUGAAUGUCCACGAGGGUCCCAUUGGCAUCGGAACUAGAGUCCAGUUCGCAGAGGUGGCCCUUGCUCCAGGCAAUGUGUUGUCCAACGAACCCGGAUACUACGAAGACGGAAAGUACGGUAUUCGUAUCGAGAAUAUCGUUGUCGUCAAGGAGAUCAAGACCAAGCAUAAGUUCGGAGACAAGCCCUUCCUGGGUUUCGAGCACGUAACCAUGGUGCCGUACUGCCGGAACCUCAUCGACACGAAGCUGCUCACAAGCGAAGAGAAGGAGUGGCUCAACGCCUACAAUGCUAAGGUUGUGGACAAGACGCAGGGUUACUUUGAGGGCGACAACGUUACUCUUGCUUGGCUGAAGCGGGAGACGGUGCAAGUUGAGUGA